AGGAGCCGUCGCUCCCGGGCCAGGCGGCCGGGCGGGGGCGGGCCGGGCACGCGAUCGACGGGGGGGCUCCGGGCCUCCCGGUGCCCCGCUCCGGCCCCGCAAAUGGUGCCCAUGCCCGGCCCCCUCCUCCUUCUCCUCCUCCUCCUCGACUGCCCCGGCAGCGCGGCCGCCGGCCCUGCCAUCACAGGCCGCACGCUUGCUCCCUGCUACUCAGCUGACCUCAGGCCUGCAUCGGGGAGACUCGUCUCGGCUAUGGGCUGCACUGUGCGUCUGACAGUUCCACCGCUGCAGGUCGGCAGAGCUGUCAUCUGGGAAUACAAAACUGCCCAGCAGGAAGGAGCCAUCCUCAGUUAUGCUUUCGAUGGACGCAGCAACACCUCUCACCCCUGUGAGAACCGUGUGAGGUUCAACAGAACGGACUUCUCACUGCAGAUGGUGCUGCAGUGGGGGGACGACCGGCUGUACCGCUUCAGGUCCGAGCUGGAGGCCACGGGCUGGUUCCAGCUGCAUGUUGUGGAACCGCUUUCCAAGCCAGAAAUUGUGGGCAACUCAUCAGUGAAGGCAGGAGACAACACCAAACUGGUUUGCAACAUCCUGAAAGGGAAGGCAGACUCGUACUGGUGGAAGAAAAACGGGGUGCUGCUGCUGAGGAGCGACCACAUUCAGCUUGAGAAUACCACCCUGUGCAUCCUGAGAGCCUUGAUGAAUGACAGCGGCUACUACGCUUGCGUGGUCCACAACAAAGUCAGCCAGAAUGAAACCUCCUUCCUGCUCCGUGUCCAGAGUCUCUUCGUGUGGUGCAGGUCAAGGGACCGCUAGUGUCACGGCGGCUCUAGGUAGAGAGAGCUUGAAGAGCUGCACUCUUAGUGCCUUUCCCUGAUGGUGGGUGCUGCCUGCAGGGCGCCGGACGUCUGAUGCUGUCCAACCUCUUUUGGGCUCACCUCUGAAUUGCUCAAGGGCUGAACCCCAUGAAUAGUUUUGUGUAAAACCCUAGAUUAGGCUGUUCCUGUGCUGUCCUCCUCUUCCCCUGGCACCGUGCACAUCCCUGGCAGGGCUGGACGUGGCUGUUGUGCUCCAGAGCUCCUGACCUUGCCUGGCUUCCUUCAGAAGCCAUGUCGGGUGAGUGCUUGUGGGUGGGCUGAUGGCCCUGGAAGGAGGCACCAUCCCCACUGGACAGACACCCGGUCCUGGGAGUGCUGGAGUGUGCUGCAGUGCCAGCCCUGCCUCGCCAGGGCUUGAGCCCCUCACUGUGGUCGCCUGGGGUGCUGCUGUGUGCUGUGGCUGGGACUUGGAUCAGGGACUGGGACCGCAGGCAUUCUACUCGUCUUGGUCCUUGGAAGGAGGGAAAAGGGCAGGAUUUUGAUGUCCUGUGACUGGGGAGUCCAGGAGAUGUGCGAAGGUGGCAGGGGAUGGAGCAGCAAAGUUGUUUUGUUUCAGAAAGCAAAACUCCCUGUGCUGGUGUGUUAGAGCAGCGGUGUGCCUGGAGGGGAGAUGCAGGCAUGUUCCCCAGCCCAGCUCCUCUGUUCUACAGCCUUGGUUGCUGGUAGGAUCUGGGACACGCCUUCCUCUUCCAAGCACCAGCCACCUGGGUUGUACAUGUGCCGAUGUGAGCUCAUCCUUCCCUCUUGCGCUCCUGUGGUUAAUGGGAGAUGAUGGGAGGCUUGGUCUGGUUUGGUUUGGCCAGGGCAGCACUGGUCCAACCCUCUCCUGUUGUCUCCCUUCCCCAUGCUGCUUCUGCAAAGCUGUUCUGGGCUUUGCUUGUGAGGAGGGUGUUAUUUGUUCUUAUAGUGGAAAUUACUGGAGAAAACUGGACGCUCCCCCAGGAGCGCUGACCCUCACAAAGUGCCUUGACUGAUCCUGGGGCUGGGGUGUUUGCACCCAUCGUUCAUUCCGAUGGGUCAAGCCCAGGUCCAGCACCCCCCUGAGCCAGCCCCCAGCCCCACUGCGGGGUGCAGGCAUUUUGGGUGCCCUGGUCUAGCUACUGGAUGGUCACAUCUCUCCCAGAGCAGCUGGUGGCUUGGGGACAUCUUGCUCCAAGGCACUGUCAGCAAAUGGAGAGCGGUACAGAGGGAUGUUUCUGUUGCUUGGGUCUGCUGCUUCUGCAGCAAAAGGCUUUCCUGGCCUGGGGAGCUGUGUGUUUCCCUCCCCUCAGAGUUAUCCCAUCUCUUUGGAGAACACAAGUGCACCCAGGAGAGGCUCAAGGUCAUAUCCUAUGGCGUGAGCAGUCGCUAGGCUGUCCUACACCCCAGAGCAAACAGGAAUGCAGCCACGUGGUUACAGAAAAUACUUCAUUAAACCUUUCAGAGUUGCAUGUGAAUCAUUUUGGAGACGUUUUGGUGUUUUAAGGUUUGCUGCUACUAAUAAAAGUGCGUGUGUUA